CUUCUUCUAAUCUCGUAAUUUUCCUUCUCUCUCUCUCUCUCUCUCUCUCUCCCCAGCUUCCCGGCGUCAUUUCACGUCGCCGGUCUCGCAACACUAAACUUCCUUCGCUUCCUUAAUCCCAGCCGCGUGGAUUACAUUCAUCCGGUGUUAAUCUUUUUCAUAAGAAGAUGGUGAAGGCUAGAAGGGCUAGACGCAGGGUUUCUACUCGACGGAUCAGAGCGAGGCCAUACAAGUUCGCAUCUUCAUCUAAGCGAGUUGUAAGGAGGAGCGUGUUCGCAAACACAUGUCCCAAGGUGACGGAGGAGAAUGAUUGGGCGGAUGCUGUGUGCUCCGUCUGUAUGGAGUGUCCUCACAACGCUGUGCUUCUCCUCUGUUCGUCUCACGACAAGGGUUGCCGUCCUUACAUGUGCGGAACCAGCUUCCGUUACUCCAACUGCUUAGAUCAGUACAAGAAGGCGUCUGCUAAGCUAACGCCAUCCCAUCAGCAAGUGGUCAAUAGUAAGCGUGAGGUUGAGAAUCUGAAGUGUCCGCUUUGUAGGGGACAGGUGAAAGGGUGGACUAUUGUGAAGCCCGCGAGAGACGAUCUGAAUCUUAAGAAGAGGAGCUGUAUGCAGGAGGGUUGCUCCUUUUCUGGAGCCUUUAAGGAGCUGAGGAAACACAUGAAGAAAGACCAUCCUUGCGCCCAGCCGCGUGAGGUGGAUCCCGAUGUGGAGCAGGAGUGGAGAAGGUUCGAGGUUGAGCAGGACCGUAACGAUGUCAUCAGCACGAUCAGGUCGACGAUGCCUGGCGCAACCGUGUUUGGGGAUUACGUGAUAGAGAGAGGUGCGUACGGUUCAGAUUCAGAUGAGGAGAGGGAGGAAGUAGGCAGGAUCGGUGCUGGGAUUGGUAGGAACCUAGUGAACGUUUUCCUUCUGUUGCAGGCUUUUGGGGGAUCAGAUCUAGCAUCUGACACAUCCCAUGGUCAAUCAUCUGAAUCAAAUGACUUAACGAUCAAUCAGAGCGAUGUGGACUCUUCUGAAGACGAGGAGGAUGGAGCUAGAUCAUUCGCAAACCAGAUGAGGAGCCAGAGAAGGGUUCUCCUGGGAAGAUCAGCUAGUAGAAGACGUAGAGAUAGAGAAGCUAACCAGAACUCAGACCAUUCUAGAUGAUACAAAUACUCUUUAAAAGGAAAAUCUAUGUUGGGUUUGUGUAGAAGGUACAAAAUCUUAAUAUCCAUUUGCUUUCUUUGUUUUAAUUUUCGAUAAAAAAAUAAAAGGGAAUGUAUUCUGAUGUACAAUUCUGGAUAGCAAUUUAUGUUGUUUAUAGUUUACUUCUGUAUCCUUCUGAAUUUAGUAGGAAGGCCUUGAAGACCAUUGUCUUCAUAGAUGAUGUUUUACUCAAACCUUUCUUUACUGUUUGUUGUCUGUAAAUUUGAUGUUCUCUUGUGUUAUGAAAACGUUUGGCUUUGUCAAUUAA